UUUACUUGAAGUUCUUGUAAAAUUUCAGCUGCUUCUUUUGUUUUACCUUGACUUUCAUAAAUAUCAGCUAAUUUUUUUGUUAAUGAUUUAUUUUAGGUCGAAACUUAUGGAACAAUGGAUCGUCGUGAAAAACUUAAAUUUUUACUUGAACAAAUGCGUUUAUGUUUAGCUAAACAUGAUUAUAUUCGAACACAAAUUAUAUCAAAAAAAAUUAAUAUAAAAGCUUUUGAAGACGAAUCUUCAUAUGAUUUAAAAUUAAAAUAUUAUGAAUUAAUGAUUCAAAUGGAUUUACAUGAUAAAAAUUAUUUUGAUGCUUGUCAACAUUAUAAACAUUAUUAUGAUACACCACGUAUAAAACAAGAUGAAGAAAAAAUGAAACAAUCAUUAAAAUAUGUUGUUCUUUAUUUGGCAUUAUCACCAUAUAAUAAUGAACAAUCGGGUGUGUGGCGUCUUUCGGUACAAACACAUGUGUUUACACAACAAAUGAUUUAUUGCGAAGAUGUAACUCAUGGAAUGGCCUUUCCAAGCGUUACUCUAUUAUAA